CAAUUGCAUACGCCAGCCCGGUUGCUUGCUAUCCAUCCCUGAAGCCUUUCCAAAUCGAAACAAAGAAUCUGUGAUAUCUUGUGUGACUGCAGCGAGACAGUUACUGCUUCUUCUCAAAGUUUUCACUUUUUAUAUCACUAUCCAGUGUUUAGAGCAUUCAUUUUUGUCUUGACGACUAUACAUAUCACUGCAACAUUUCAGACUUCUUCGUCCGGUACGAUUUAGACUGAUAUCACUUUCCUUCAAAAUGUUCUCCAAGCUUUUCGCCAUCACUGUCCUGGCUACGGCCGCCAGUGCCCACAUGAAAAUGUCCAACCCGGUCCCCUACGGCCAAUCGACUCUGUCCAACGCCCCUCUUUUGGCUGAUGGCUCCGAUUUCCCCUGCAAACAGCGAGGUGGUACCUACGAUCUUGAGGGUGCUAGCAACGUGUAUGCUCAAGGCAGCACUCAGAAACUCUCCUUCAUUGGAAGCGCUGUUCACGGCGGCGGUUCUUGCCAGAUCUCUGUCACCACUGAUGCUCAGCCUGAUAAGAACUCUGUCUGGAAGGUUAUCAAGUCCAUCGAGGGUGGUUGCCCUGCGAAAGAUCAGGUCGGCAACAUGGGUGAUGACGCUGCCGCCAUCGAUCCGUACACAUACGACUUUACCAUUCCCAAGGAGUUGGAGGGUGGCAACUACACCCUCGCUUGGACUUGGUUCAACAAGGUCGGCAACCGUGAGAUGUACAUGAACUGCGCUCCUCUGACUGUCACUGGCUCGGGUGGCUCUAAGGAUUUCCUGAACACGCUCCCCGAUAUGUUCCAGGCCAACAUCUUUGGCGGAAACGGCUGCGGAACUGCAUCUGAUACUGAUCUUGUGUUCCCUGACCCUGGAACUGACGUGGACCGGUUCAAUGGUGCUACUUCGGUGUUCGCUGGCCCUACCAACUGUGCCAGCCCUACUGUUGCUCCUAGCGCAAAGCCUACCAAUGGCGGAGGCUCUGGAUCUGGAUCUGGAUCUUCUCCC